AUGAGAUCGGGGAUCUCGGCAAAUUGCCAGAUUGACACUGUUGCACCGCAGACCGUCGACAAUCUAGAACCAGCCGAUCCAGCCAACAACGUCUCUUCGGACGCCUAUCACAUAGUGGAUGCAGAGGGGGCCAAAAAGGAUGCAGUAACACGCGAUUCUGUGUCCACCAAUGCCCCCUAUAGCAUCUUCCCAAAGGGCGAGAAACUCUUGGUCAUCAUCGGAGGCUCGUUGGCGGGUCUGAUCUCCCCUCUUUCCAGCAGCAUUUACUUGCCGGCUCUGAAUUCCCUGGCGCAAGAUAUGCAUGUUUCAGUGUCAUUGAUCAACUUGACCAUUACCACCUAUCUGAUCUUUCAAGGAUUGGCACCUUCGUUCGUCGGUAGCUUCUCGGAUAUCUAUGGACGACGUCCGGCAUACAUAACUGCGUUGACUAUUUAUCUCGGAGCCAACAUUGGUCUUGCGUUGCAGAACAACUAUGCCUCUUUGCUGGUCUUGCGGUGCAUGCAAUCGUCCGGCAGCAGUGGAACCAUCGCGCUAGGCAGUGCAGUGGUGACCGAUCUGUCAACACGAGCUGAACGUGGCAAAUACAUUGGAUAUGCAGGCCUUGGAAUCGCGUUGGGUCCAGCUCUUGGGCCAGUCAUUGGAGGCCUAUUAGACCAUUUCCUCGGUUGGAGGUCCAUUUUCUGGUUUUUGGUUAUCCUGUCUAGCGUAUGUUUUGGUCUCAUAUUGGUUGGAUUUCCAGAGACUUGUCGGGCUGUUGUGGGCAAUGGCUCAGUCAUGCCCCCGAGGUGGAAUCGUCCCGUAUGGGCCAUUGUGGCACGAAGCUCGCGAUUCAAUACAGCGCCAGAAGCACCCAACUACACCACCGUUCAGAGCUUGAAACGCCGUCCAAAUCCAAUUUCGUCUCUGAAAAUUGCCACACAAAGAGAGGCAGGCCUUAUUCUAAUGUACGGAGCUCUCCUCUAUGCAGGCUACAUGGCAGUACUCAGCACUCUCUCCACACAGCUAUCCAGCCGCUUUGGGUUUAAUUCAAUCGAAAUCGGCCUUUGCUAUCUUCCACUUGGUGUGGGGAGCAUGAGCUCACGGUGGACGGUGGGCAGGCUAUUGGAUUGGAAUUUCCGUCGCGAGGCACGUCGGCAGGGGUUACAGAUUCAGAAAAAUCGGCAACAAGAGAUCCUUCAUUUCAACGUCGAGCGCGCGCGGCUGUACAUAACUCUACCAAUGAUCUACGUUUCCAGCCUUUGCAUUCUUGCAUAUGGAUGGGUUAUGGAAUAUCGAACCGCCCUAGCUGGUCCUCUCGUGAUGUUAUUUUUUACUGGUCUUACCACCACUGGGGCAUUCAACACUCUAAAUACUUUGGUGGUAGAUAUCAAUUACGAGACCCCAGCUACCGCUGCUGCCGCAAACAACCUUUUUCGUUGCCUAUUGGGUGCCGGAACCACAGCCAUUGUAGGUCCAGUAAUCGAUUCCAUUGGAAUUGGAUGGACUGGGACUAUAAUUGCAGGUCUCUGGGUUCUUUUCAGUCCAAGCUUGUGGACAGUCCUGUAUCUGGGUCAUAGCUGGCGACAGAAAAAGGCCAGCAAUCGGCAAGGUGGACCGUGA